AACAUUACCAAUAUUAGUUUUUUUUUACAAAGAAAAUGAGUAAUGAAACCUCUUUCCAACAAUCCGAAACAAUAAACAAUGAUGUCACACAAGAUGUAACACCAGAAAGUGAAUUUAGCAUGGACGGAUUCAACAGUUAUACGGCUGGCGAAGCUUUUAUCCAAGGUUUGGCUGGAUUAGUUAAUCAAAGUGAUGUCGAAACAAUGAUAAGGGCUCAGAAACAAAUGUUGCAACGUUUUGAAAAAACCAAUGAGAUGUUGUUGAAUUGUAACGCAUUAUCUCAAAGUCGUCUAAAACAAGCAAACGAUGAUUUUAAAAGACACUGUAAGGUAUUGGCUGAUAUGAAAAAGGAUUUGGAUUAUAUAUUUCGAAAAAUUCGUUCCAUCAAACAAAAGCUAAGCCAUCAAUAUCCCAUAGCAUAUGCUGAGGCCCAGCCCCAGAGAAGUAGUUUGGCCGAGGAGGCGGAAGAUGAAACUGAAUUGAAAAGAGUUUCUGGAGCUGUUUGUAAAACCAAAGAAUCAGCUAAAACCGACGACCCCAAUGUACCAUCAUGUUCAAAAAAAGUUAAUGAGGUCGAUAAACCUAGCAGUUCUACCACGGUCGAAUAUGUACAAAUGGAAGAAGCUGUCGACAAUGGCAAACCAAUAGAGAAUGAACUAAUUAAGAGGGUUUGUUCUAUAGAGACUACAAAUCCCAACGAUUCAUCUGAUUGUACUUCAGAAGAUACUGGUUAGAUAAAACAUUUAUUUGUAUAGAUAAAUUUAGCAAUUUAAGUAAUAUUAUAUGUAUGUACUUAGUAAUACCUUUUUAAUAUAAUGUAGACAUACAAAAGAUUACAAAAUAA